AUGCAGGCGAAUCAGAUGCAGAUCACCGAUCGUAUGAUCAGUAUACUGAAAAACAUCGAUUCUAAAAGGAGCUGCUUCGUUCACACAGAGCAGCUCGAGCUGAGUGUCGCCACUGAUGAAUCAGAAAAUGAAACGACACAGGAUCAUAGGAAGAAACAAGCAAGACAGGCUGUAAACCAGAAUAAGCAGGAGAGCUCGGAUUUGCAAGUCCAGCUGGAUGAAAUAAGCAGAAUACUCUGUGUGGAGCCUCUGAAUAAGGAGGAAAGAGCCGAGCUGGAACGUCUGCGUCAGAAGCACAGGGGCCGCAUCCUGAACUCAGCCAACGCAGAGGCCUGGGAUGUGUCUGAGGCAGUGGACAGAAGAUAUCCGCAGGACAUUAAGCAGAUCAUGUUCGAGCUACUCAACAAAACCAGUCAAAGGGAUGACACGACUCUGAGAGAGGAACUGGGACAGAAAUUCAGGAAGGUGCAGACGCAGCGGUGUGGCGAGGAACAGAUUGAGCAGGUGAUUCACGGUAUUAUAGGGAAGGAGCAAUCUGAGCAAAAAGACAGGGAGAGAAAAAGGAAAGAAAAUUAUUUCAAAAAGGAUUGGAAGAGGGAUAAGCAGAGAAUGAUAGAAAGAGCAAGAGAGGCAGAAAGAUGGAUGCAGAUGGAGGAAAAGUUUGAGGAAAUGAAGAGGGAAAUGGAUGCAGAGAUCUACGUGAUGAAGCAGGAGCUGGAGAUGGAGAGAGACAGGAGGAAAAAGAUAAAGAAGCAAGCCAGACAAAAGCUACAACGCCUCAGGGAACGAAUAAGGAUCUUGAAGAGAGAAAUCGAAGAAAUGAAGGAAACAGAGGGACUGAGGAAGACGAAACAGAAUGAGAGUAGUCACUGCCAUUAUGCUCCGUCAGAAGGAGGAGUCAAGAAUGCCAGAGUGGGCGUGGACAAUAAAGAAGGGCAGAAGCAGAAAUUUAAGAGGCACUUCAUGGCUGUCUUUGCGUGGAUAUUAAAAGGACUGAGAUGUGUUGGCUCAGCAUUAGCACUGGUUUAUAGUUAUUUUUGUACCUUAUACUGUAGGUAGGCAUAUGCAUUCCUUAAACCCAGCCACAGACUUAGUAAGGCCUCACCUUACAUUCUUAGAGUGCACUAUAUACUGUUACUGUGAUACAGUUGCGGCACUUCACUCAGAGGACAAUUCACUGUGUUUGCUUGGCUUUUGGGAUACCUUGGACUGUUCCGGCAAUUAAAGGGCACUUUGUAGAGUUUGAUCUAUUGUGAAGGCACCUUAGAGGGCACUUCACUAAGUUUGCUCUACUGCUGGGGCACCUUUAAGGGUGUUUAAUCUACUGUUGGGACAUCUUCACUUUACUGUGUGUGUUCUAUUGUUGGAGCACCUUAUACGGCAUGUUAUAGUGUUUAACCUUCUGUUAAACUACUGUUAGGGCACCUUUCAGGGCACUGCAUUGUGUUUCCUCUACUGGUAGGGCACAUUAAAGGGCUUUUUCGCUUUCUACUGUUGGGGCAUCUUAGGGUAGGGCUGCAUGAUUUUUGCUAAAAAUGUAAAUCACAAUUAUUUUCUCCACGAGAACUAAGAUCAUGGUUCUAUCACACAAU